UAUCUUCAAUUAACUAAUCACUGUCCUCUGAUUUAUUAAAAUGUUUUUAAAAAAUUGCUUUUUUCAAUUCAAUUCAAUCCGAUCAAAUCUCUUUCUCGAUUGUCUUCCUGAAAUGAAAUCGAAGCUCUAUCCAUCUGUAAAAGUUGGGCGUGGAAAACCCUAAUUUUGAUUUUCUCACUCAUGAUGCUAAACCCAUCGGAUUCAUAGAAUUGGGAUGAAGAUAACAGAAAUUGAUUAUCUGAAUCUGGUGGAAGUGGCAUUGUCAUACUCGACACCUUCAUGGGCAACUCUUGUUGCUGGUGCUUUUGUGGUUGUCACUCUCACGCUCUCAAUCUAUCUACUUUUCGAACACCUCUCCGCUUACAAAAACCCUGAGGAGCAAAAAUUCUUGAUUGGGGUUAUCUUGAUGGUUCCUUGCUAUGCUGUUGAAUCAUUUGUAUCAUUGAUGAACCCAACAAUUAGUGUUGAUAUUGAGAUACUACGUGAUUGCUAUGAAUCCUUUGCCAUGUAUUGCUUUGGAAGAUAUCUUGUUGCAUGUUUAGGUGGGGAGGAGAGGACCGUCGAGUUUAUGGAGAGGCAAGGACGUGCAAAAAUCCCAUUAUUGGAUCAUGGUAUAGAAAAGGGAACUAUAAAACAUCCUUUCCCCAUGAAUUAUUUCUUAAAGCCAUGGAAAUUGAACCAAUGGGUUUACCAAGUUAUCAAGUUUGGAAUUGUUCAGUAUAUGAUAAUAAAGGCUGUUACUGCUAUUUUAUCAGUAAUUCUUGAAGCCUUUGGUGUAUAUUGUGAAGGAGACUUCAAAUGGGGAUGCGGGUAUCCUUAUAUGGCUGUGGUUCUAAAUUUCAGUCAGUCAUGGGCUUUGUAUUGUUUAGUUCAAUUUUACGCUAUCACAAAGGAGGAAUUGGCGCACAUCAAACCAUUGUACAAGUUUGUGACGUUUAAAUCAAUUGUGUUUUUGACUUGGUGGCAAGGUGUGGCUAUUGCCCUUCUGUAUGCCCUCGGAUUAUUUAAAAGUCCAAUAGCCCAAGCUUUGCAGUUUCAGUCAAGUGUUCAAGACUUCAUCAUUUGUAUAGAGAUGGGCAUCGCUUCCGUGGUUCACCUCUAUGUGUUCCCUGCCACGCCAUAUGAGCUAAUGGGGGAGCGUUUUCACGGGAGCGUCGCAGUGCUCGGAGACUAUGCAUCUGCAGACUGUCCUCUUGAUCCUGAUGAGGUGAGGGACAGCGAGCGCCCUACUAAACUACGGCUUCCCCAACCUGACAUUGAUGUUAGGAGCGGAAUGACCAUCAGAGAAAGUGUUCGGGAUGUUUUCCUUGGUGGUGGUGAAUAUAUUGUAAAUGAUGUGAAAUUCACGGUAACUCAGGCAGUAGAGCCCAUGGAGAAGGGAUUUACGAGGUUUAAUCAGAAAUUACAUAAGAUCUCGCAAAAUAUCAAGAGGCACGAUAAGGAUAAGAGAAGGACAAAGGAUGAUAGUUACAUCGCCUCAUCAUCCCCAGUGCGGAGAGUAAUUCGGGGUAUAGAUGAUCCCCUCUUAAAUGGAAGUUUUAGCGAUAGUGGAGUCUCGAGAGCAAAAAGGCACCGGCGAAAAUCGGGAUAUACCAGUGCAGAAAGCGGGGGAGAGAGUAGUAGUGAUCAGACCUAUGGUGGGUAUGAAAUCGGUGGCCGGAGAUGGGUCACCAAAGAUUAAUCAAAGAAAAGCGUUUAUACCAACCGGAAAAGAGGGGAGAAUAGUGCUUCAGGCAUCACAUUUAAAAAACGUCAUUUUUUGAGCAUUCACCGAUGUCUCGUGUGAUUUAAUUGUACAAGACGGCUUCAAGCGCGAGGUAUUUGUGCCCUCACUUCAAAAAAACUUUUUUGCUUUGCGCAUGAGGUUGUAUUUGGUCGGAGGUUAUUUUGUUAUUUGGAUUUUUGUUUUCUUUUUAUCAUAUGAUUGCUGGUGGCUUUUGCUCAAAUUUGUGGUAUUACUCAUGAUUCAUGUAAUGUUUCCUCUAUAAGUGAUGAUGGGCUUAAAAAAAAUGUUGUAUAGAGAGCCCUCGAAGGCUUGUGUUCUAUUAUGAGCUCUCUCUGUAUUAGGAUAUAUCAAUUUGCUUAUUGGUGGGAACUGCACACAGCUGUUUUCAGGAAA